AGCCAGCAAUCAAAACAAUUUUUUGUCAGUUCGUGCAAUUACAAAAUUGUGAAUUUAUCAAUACAUACGUUAUCGUUAAUCAACUGUAAGAUAUUUUCUUAAAUAGAAAAAAAUAUUGCUAUGUCACGGUUCAGUGGGGCACUCCAGCUUACGGAUUUGGACGAUUUUAUUACCCCGUCGCAGGAAUGCAUCAAACCGGUAAAAAUAGAGACAAAGAAAUCAAAAACUGGAUCAAAGAUCACCAUCCAGGAUGAUGGAUCAUACAUGCAAGCUACGUCUAGUGGCCUUCAGAAAUUGGAAAAAGUGGAAAUCACACUGGCAGAUUGUCUAGCUUGUUCCGGUUGUAUCACUUCGGCGGAAGGUGUUUUAAUCACUCAGCAAAGUCAGGAAGAGCUUCUAAAGGUGAUGAACGAAAACAAUCUGGCCAAACUGAACAACCACCUGGAGGCAAUCAAAUGUAUUGUAUUUACAGUUGCUCAACAGCCGAUCAUAUCGCUGGCGAAAAGGUAUAGCCUGUCACCGGAAGAUUCAUUUGAACACAUUGCAGGGUAUUUCAAAAAACUGGGAGCAGACAUUGUACUAGAUACCAAAAUAGCAGAUGAUUUAGCGUUGAUCGAGAGUAGAAAUGAGUUUAUCGAACGAUACAAUACGAACAAUCGAACGUUGCCGAUGAUGGCUUCAGCAUGUCCCGGGUUCGUUUGCUAUGCAGAGAAAACUCAUGGCAAUUUUAUUUUGCCCUAUAUCGCGAGCACAAGAUCUCCGCAGCAAAUAAUGGGGGUACUAGUUAAAAAGUACCUUGCCAGGAUGUUAGGAGUUAGUGGUGAUCGCAUCUAUCACGUGACAGUAAUGCCUUGUUACGACAAAAAGUUGGAAGCAUCACGGGAGGACUUUUUCUCGGACGUGGAGAAUUGUCGUGAUGUGGAUUGCGUGAUAACAUCUAUCGAAAUCGAGCAAAUGUUGGAUAGCUCCGAUAUUCAAAUGCUACAAAUCGUGGAAAAAGCGCCUAUCGAUUGGCCAUGGCCAACCCCUCGGCCUCCCGUUUUUAUGUGGUCUCACGAAAGUUCGGGUUCCGGCGGUUACAGUGAAUACAUCUUCAAAUACGCUGCCCGUAAGCUGUUCAACAUUGUCGUUGAUCACGUGGAGUUUCAAAACCUUCGAAACAAUGAUCUUCGAGAAGCGGUUCUGGAGCAAAACGGUGAAGUGGUUCUCCGAUUUGCGAUUGCAAACGGCUUUCGUAACAUUCAAAAUAUGGUGCAAAAGUUGAAACGGGGCAAGUGCACCUACCACUAUAUUGAAAUAAUGGCUUGUCCAUCGGGGUGUUUGAACGGAGGAGCCCAGAUUCGUCCCAUACAUGGGGAAACCCAACGAGAACUGACGGUGGAGCUGGAAACGAUGUACAGGCACCUACCGCAGUCAAAUCCGGAGAACGAAACGGUUGAGACGGUGUAUACCACGUUUUUGGACAACUCAGGUGACAACAACAAGCGGAAAGAGUUUUUACAUACUAAUUAUCAUCCUAUCGAGAAGCUUAAUACGGCUUUGAAUAUCAAAUGGUGAAAGAUAUGCUUGUUAGCGGAGUUUUGUUAAAGUUUUGGAAAUAUUUGGAAGAAAUAUCCACUAUUUGUUUAUACUGGGAAAUUAUUUUUUAAAUAUAAAGACUUCUGGAACAACAAACUACA